AUGCUUUUGUAUUCAUAAAGAUCAACCGCUACAAUUUAGAUUACUCUUUGGUAAAUCGGUUCAACUAAAAAUAUAUCAUCUCUGAAAAAGAUUGGCGAAUAUAAUAAACUUGUGUUCAAGGACAGGAUAGAUGAUAAUCUGGCAGGAGCAUAUAACCUUCACAACUUGAAACACUCAACAGCUUAUAAGGUCAUGGUUGAACUUGUUUUUAGUGACUCGAACUAGAGAACUCUGGAAUACUGGCCAUCGUUGAUGCUCCCAAACGGGGAAUUAAAGAAUAUCUAGAGUGAGAAAAGAAUGUUUAACACUGCCUCAAUGCCUGUGGAUGAAUACAUUGAAUAAGAAUUAGACUUUGCUCGUCAAACUAAACGGUAAUUGACUAGAAAAAUUUAGUUUGCUAAGUCAGAGCGAGUGCUCUACGAUUAUACUUAGGAAGAGGCAACAUACGAUAUGUUUAAGAAGAAGACUGAUCAUGCCAAUAAAGAAACAUUGAAGCAGAGUAUGCUUGCUGCGAGAGGCCACAAAGAUUGGAAAGAUUACGCUAGAUGUGGGAUGAAAGUUGCAUAGCCUGAGUAUAAUAAAGACAAAAGACUGAAUCGAAUGCUCUUGGUUGGUAAUGCUAUCGAUGCGUACUAGGAUGUGCCUGAGCUAAACAAUGGCUAAGCCUUCAUGAAAAAUGAUUGGAAAAUGGGACCAUUCUAUGCUUGGGAUCAUAACUAUCUCAAAUAUACUCCAGAUGAUUAUCGAAACAAAGAAUGA